GAUUUUCAUAGUUAUCGAAGAUGCUGGAACAAGACAGAGAGGCCAGGAAAAACGCGUCUUCCUUAAUUGCGUGGUUAGCGGCAAAACAUUGGGAAGUAACAAAAGUCGUGUCAAUGCACCAGUGAUCCUCAUCAUCCUUCACAACACACUCGUCUUUCUCUCAAUCCUUUCCAUUUUCUCUUCUUUCUUCUCUCUCUGUCUCUUCAUCUUCUCCACACACUCUUCUAGAUUCUACAAAUACAGGUUCAAGCCAUGACUGGCAGAGAGAUUCUCCAUAAGAUGAAGGAAAAAGUUUUGGGCUCAUCUGAUCCUGAUUCAGGGAAAGGUAAGAGCAAGAUGUCGAAGAAUAUAACUCAUGGCUAUCAUUUGGUAAAAGGAAGAUCAGAUCAUGCCAUGGAAGAUUAUGUUGUUGCUCAAUUUAAGACAGUUGAUAACAAUGAGUUGGGUCUAUUUGCAAUAUUUGAUGGCCACUCAGGUCACAAUGUACCUGAUUACUUGCAGUCUAAUUUGUUUGAUAAUAUCUUAAAAGAGCCUGACUUCUGGACUAAACCAGUGGAAGCCGUGAAGAAAGCAUAUGUUGAUACUGAUUCUACUAUUUUAGAGAAAUCAGGUGAAUUGGGUAGAGGGGGUUCAACUGCAGUUACAGCAAUAUUAAUCAACUGUCAGAAGCUAGUAGUGGCCAAUCUUGGGGAUUCUAGAGCUGUCUUAUGCAAAAAUGGGGAAGCCAUUCCACUGUCAGUGGAUCAUGAACCAGCCACAGAAUCUGAGGAUAUAAGAAACAGAGGUGGUUUUGUAUCAAACUUCCCAGGGGACGUUCCACGUGUUGAUGGGCAGUUGGCAGUGUCAAGGGCAUUCGGGGACAAAAGCUUGAAGAAACACUUGAGCUCAGAACCACAUGUGACAGUGGAGCUGAUAGAUGAUGAUGCAGAAUUUAUUAUAUUAGCCAGUGAUGGGUUAUGGAAGGUGAUGUCAAAUCAAGAAGCAGUGGAUGCUAUCAGAAAUGUAAAGGAUGCUCGUUCUGCAGCAAAGAACCUUACAGAAGAGGCACUUAAGAGGAACAGCUCAGAUGACAUCUCUUGCGUUGUUGUGAGACUUCAGUGAUCACAUAACUCACGUGGUAGUUUUUUUUAUUACAAGCUUGGAAGUGUAAUAUAAUACUUCAGUGUAUAGAAGGAUAAAGGUUUGGUGAUAUCCAUUAGGCUUUAUUAUUUCGAUGCAUUCAGUGUUUGAUGAUUUCUUUCUUAGUGUUGUUUGUUAUAAGCCUAUAACGAUGUAAAAAGGAUUUAGUUUUGGAUUGUCUAGACCAAAGUAAUUCGUAUGAAGGCAAGGAAGAUUCAUCAAUCUCAGUGAUUUGAAGACCCUUUAGUUA